AUGAACCGCUUCCUGAGAGCUGGGGAGAACGGAGGGCUGCUGACCGACUGCAGGGAGCUGUCACCCAACCACACCGCCUCCUCCUCCUCUUCCUCCUCCUCCUCAGCCGACAGACACGCGUCCCUGCCCUCGCUCCAGACCCGGGGACCUGGCGGCGGCGGCGGCGGCGGCGGCGGGUCGGAGCCGAGGAGAUCCGCGCUUAAACGCAGCCGAGCCGGCCGGGAGGAACGAGAGGAACCGGAGGCGGCGGCGGAUCACUCAGCGGCUGCCGUCGCGCAGCAGCAGCAGCGUCGGGAGGCUCAAGGACGCGGCGUCGGUGGAGACGGUCUGGAGAUGAUUUCAGCGGUCACCAGGGAGGCGGACGGCGCCGGCGGCGGGAGCGGCAACAACCACAACAACGGCGUCUCCGAAGUGACCACGGCCUCUUCUUCUGCGACAUGCGCCAAAGGCAAGGAGGAGAGGAAGGGGAAAAACGUGAUUCGGGGCUGGAAGAGGGAGAGGGACAGGGAGAGGGACGCCGCGGCUCCGCCUGCCGCUCCUCCCGCUCCUCCCGUCCGGACGAGGAAGGAGAAGCCCGGCGAUGGCUCGUCUCCUCCUCCCUCUGUCUUCCUCCCGUCGUCCGCCCUGCCCGAGCAUCAUCCGUGCCGCGACGGCCCCGGACACUGCCUCUGCGCCCCGCCGGACCCCAGGAUCGCUGGAGAUAACGGCAACGCUAACAACGUAAACAAUAACAAUAAUAGCGGGAGUAGCGGCGGCGGCGGCGGCGGCGCGGCAAAUAAAACCGCGCUGGAUUGUGGAGUAAAAAGCGGCGGCGGCGGCGCUAUUGUUGUCAGGCGGCAGCAUGACGACACGCCGGCCGCCAAGAAACACAGAGGAGCCGAGAAGGUGGACCCCAUGUUCACAGUGCCAGCUCCCCCUGCUCCAGGCCACCCCGCGGCCCCCGGUUCCUCUCUGCCUUUGGCUCCUUCCUUCUCCCCUCCAGCCCUGCCCACCUCGAACCCCAAGCAGAUGGCGGUGAGGACGAGGUCUGUCGGCACCAACACCCAGGACGGAGGCAUCUCAGGGGCGCUGGAGGGCGACUCGGCCUGUCUGGGGCCCUGUCAGCCCGGGACCAGCGUCAACCUGGAGGGCAUCGUCUGGCACGAGACGGAGGAAGGUGUGCUGGUGGUGAAUGUGACGUGGAGGAAGAGGACCUACGUGGGAACCCUGCUGGACUGCACCAAACACGACUGGGCUCCUCCGAGGUUUUGCGAAUCUCCCUCCAGUGACCCUGAGUUGCCAGGUGGGCGCGGCCGGGGGAAACGGAUGCGAAUGGCCAUGGCUGAGCGGCCCUGCAUUGAGCCAGCCCCUGCUGCCAAAGUCAGGGGUCUGUCACAGCACAGGAGCCGUGGAGGUGGUGUGGCUGGAACUGCUGCACCUAUCCACAACAAGGGACGGAGAGGCAGCCUGAACCUCAUCAACAGCAACUGCCGAACUCCUGCUUCUUUCUUCACUGUGGAGGAGGUGAAAUCUUCCAACAGCGCCUCCACCCUCUCGUCUGGGAAGCGAAAGAACAAACCGCCGGCUGACCUGGACCUCAGCCUGGUCUCUUCUGAUGACAUUAAAAACGGAAAUGGGAAGCGGAUUCGAGCCAAAUCCCGUAGCGCCCCGUCCACGCCGCAGGGCAAAUCUGACCCUUCAUUCAUGGAUCCAGGGGGAGGUUGUACCUCCUCACCACCUCCUCCACCCAUUCUCAUAGACUGCCCCCACCCCAACUGCACUAAACGGUACAAGCACAUUAACGGACUGCGCUACCACCAGACACACGCGCACCUGGAGGCUGAAGAGCAGAGGAAACCGGAGCUGGAGCCCAUGAAGGAUGGCGAGAGUGAGGAACGUCUAUCAGACUGUGAGGACACCAUCAGCAAUAUGACAUAUGACCUCUCAGAGACAAACAACGGCACUAAUGCCAACAGUUCCUCUAAGAAACCUGCUCCUCUAUACAAAGUGACCACAGUAGGGUCUCCUAAGAACAGACGGUUACUCCUCAGUACUGACCACAGCCCCAUGGCCAACUCCAAAACCAGAAGAACCUCACUGCUAAAAGAUGGGCUGAUCGAUGACCUCAGCAACCUGCCCAUCAUCUCAAACAUGACUGUGGUUCUGGAGAACUGCAUGGUACCAGACAGGAACUCCACGGUAGAGAUGCCCAAACUGGAAGCCGAAGGUUUGAUCGACAAGAAGGGAGGUGCAUGUGAUAAGGGCAAGAAGGCCAAUGGGAAGGUAGAGAAGCUGUCGAAGUCACGGACCAACCGGCCCAUCGCUCCAGCCCCUGCUCCUCCCAAGCUAAUCGCCAUUCCCAACGCAACCUAUCCCACUGGCACAGCAGAUACUGCCAACUCACAGCAGCCCUCUCCCAUGGCAGCCGUAGGCCUCACAAGUAAAAACCUUCCCCUGAAACCCAUCAAACCAAAGCUGAGCAUCGUUGUGGAGCCGAGUCUUGUCAAAGCCACCCUGGUUACCUGCAGCAAAGAGACCAGAAAGAAAGAGAAACGGAGGCUGAAGGACAAACAUAGCAAAGAUGUGCCAACCAGGAUGCCUAAUGGAGACAGCAGCGGAAUCAAAAUGGAAGAUGGUGGUGGUGGAUCUAAAAUGGGUAUUAAGGAAAUUUCAGGGAGCCUUCUGAAGGAGCACCUCAGUAAGCAGGAUGUAAUGAACGGACUCACAGAGAGCCAGGAGAGCAGGAUGGCCAGUAUCCGUGCAGAGGCUGACAAGGUCUACACCUUCACCGACAAUGCCCCAAGUCCCUCCAUUGGCAGUUCAUCGCGGCUUGACGCAAGUGGUGGUUGCCUGGCAACAGCAGACAGCAGCAAGAACAACAGCCCUGCCUACUCUGACAUCUCAGAUGCCGGGGACGAUGGGGGAUCUUCCGAAAGUCGCUCGGAUGGACUCAGAUCCAAGUCUUGCUCCUCAGCCUCUUCCGAGGUGAGCUCUAACAGUAACCAUGGUAACUCUGGUAAAACCCCACCCACUGCCCCAUCAUCAAAAGACUCCCAAUCCCCAUACUACCACAGCUAUGAGCCCUACUACCUGCAGGGCUACAUGCAGUCGGACAGGCAGAACAGCAGCAGUGUUGCUUUCCACAAAAGCUCUGCCCAUGACGGCAAAGGGAAAGACAGAAAGGAUGACGUGAAAGAGGAUGACAAAAGCUCCUCCCACGAGUUCUCAGACUCCAAGAAAGGUGACGUGCCGCCUCAGUCUCAGCUCCAGCUAGCCAUGAGUCAGACCCAGACCGCCUUGGCCCAGUCCCUGUACUAUGGCCAGUACUCCAGAGGACUUUACAUGGACCAGAAACUGUUAAUGGCCUCCAAAUGCUGUGACCAGAUGCCCAGUGCCAAGCAGAGGGGCGAGAGGGGACAGGGGAUGAGAGACAGCGAUGACAUUAAACAUAUGGUUGGGGGUUCAGCCAGUGGACCCAUGCUAGGUAAAGGUCCAGACUGUGCUAAAAGUUGCUGUCCUAAACCCAUCCUGUCCUACGUGGAGAUGAGUGAGAGAGGAGAAAGGGGACAGAGUCUGGGCUUAAAGGCUGUGCACGGUGGCAUGGUGGACCAGCACCAGGUCUUGAUGAAAGACUGUGAUGACAUCAAGUCACCUUCCUCUUCCUCUUCUUCAUCACUCCACAACCCAAACAGUCAGACAGAUCUGGACUCAAAUGUUUCCUUUUCCAGUCCCUCAGACGGCCCUGCCUGGGCUCACCGCCUGGCUCACAGCAAAUACUCAGAGCUACAGAGUCAACAUGGAGAGGAGGCCGAGGAGGGUGAAGCAGACAGGGGAAAAGAAUGGGGAGCUACGGUGGAGCCUGCCGGGGCCAAGAUGACCUCUGGAGGAGGAGAUGCUAAAAAAAACAGGGUCCAUGGAUCCCACGAUCUCCCACCUGCCCUCGACACAGAGGAUUCAGACCGGCUGGAGGGGCUCGAUGAUCAGGCCCAGGAGCCAAUAGGAGGGCUGUCUGAGGAGUCCCAGAGUGCCCGGGCUGCAGUGUCUCCUCCCAUGACCCCCCAGCAGCCCUACAUCCAGUACCAGCACUCCUCCUACCCGGCCUACCUGGCAAUGUGUGAGAGCGGCGGGGGGUCCUAUAGAGGGGUCUCUCCAACCCUGGUGCACAAUUACCCAGGUUUCCAUUAUCCUCUGUACGGUAAGACGGCGGGCAGGGAGGAGUCGGAAGUGACUCCACCUGGCAGAGGAGGAGCGGUGAGCAGCAAGCAGAGCAGCGACUCGUCCUCGUCCUCAGCCAUGGAGCUGCUGCAGCAGCAGAGCCACCAGUACCACGGAAAAUCCCCUGCUCCCGGCGAGAAAGGUUCCCCUGACGGAGAGAGAGAGACGGAGAGAGAGAGGAACCACGUGUCGUUCGCCCGACACCUCCACACGCACCAUCACACACACCUGGGUAUGAGCUACAACCUGAUGUCAGGACAAUAUGACAUCUACCAAGGGUUGAGCUCCAGGUCGCUGGUUUCCAGUCAGCAGGUGUCAGGACACUCCUCUGCUGAGGGCGAAGGGAAGAAGUAGGACCAUGUGACCACGUCUCACAUGAGGAACGGCAGAUUUAUCAGACAUCAAUUCCAUGGUGUUGAAUAAGCUUCGCCUCGCUGAGAGGCAGAGAACAAAAACAAAAAACCUCUUUCAUUUAUUACUAAUGACAACCUCCUGUUUUAUAACACAUCACCCAGGAGCCGGUGGGCUGACAGAGGGACAGACAAAUGAAUGGAUAGCAGGAUCGGGACCUUUUUGAAGGAGGAACUACCUGUACGAAUCCAGAAUCAUAGACUUUUGAAGCUUUCGGUUUUGCGGAGUUUGGACGGAAGCAGGCGGCGCAUAUAAAGCAAAACAUCAGAGCGCUGUGCACUCAGCCUGCUGUGGUGUUCAACUUUAUAAAAUGCACAUUUAUUGUUGUGUAUUAUGAUGAUGAUAUGACUGAAUGUACUGAUGAUGACUUACUUUAUCCCAAUAGUGUUGAUCGUUUUUUUAAACUUCUAUUGGGAAACAGCAUUAGGAAGCUAAAAAGUCUAUUAUUAUCCUUAUUAUUCUCAUUAUGAUUAUUGAAGUGGUCCUCCUCCCUCCAUAGUGCUGACGCUACAUUUGUAUUACUAACCUGUACUUGAGCGUAACCAUGUUGAUUGUAUUGUCUUUAUGUGAGAGUAAACCUUCACAUUGACCUGCCCAGUGCCAUGUAGGAACCCAGUGGUGUAUAUAUUCUGUACAGAUUCAUGGCAGAGCACUAACAUGCUUUAUCGUACUCUAUGUUGAUCUCCAUCAGCCAUGCAGGGGAGCAGCAGGCAGAGCUGGGGAAACCAGCAGAAACAGAACCACAAUGUCAUUACUAGCUAAGUUCACUUCAUCUGCAGCAGUUUGACCUGGAGGUACAUGCUGUACUGACAUUGACGCUGAUGUUGCAUUUAUGACGUAUCCCAUUUGGUGAGAGCAAAAGUUCAGUGAGUCAUUUGGUAAAUGUAAGCUCUAGUUUGUGCCUCUAAAGUAAUCAGUGUUUUUAUAUUUGAGAGUUUCAAGCCACAUAAGGCUCUAGGGGUGGCAUUGUUGGUCGGUCAUUGUUGGUCGGUCAGUCCACCACUUUGCUUCCGUCUGAAAUAUUUUGACAAAUACCGGAUGGAUAGCUAUGAGAUUUGGUACAGACCUUCAAAGCCAUUAGAUGGUGAAUGCUAAUGACUUCGGUGAUCCCCUGACAUUUCAUCUGGUGCCAGGUCAAAUUUUUCAGUUGUACAGUGAAAUAUCUCAACAUUCUCCAGGUGGACUGGCAGAAAAUUUGGUACAGCUUCUUGUCUACUAGUGAUUAUAUUCUCCCAAUGGAUAUGAACCGCUGUUUCUAUCCAAACCGGUGCAGAGUGAAUUGGAAUUUUACCUAUUCCUCACAAUGUAUAUUGAUUCUUUGACCCAAACAAAGAUGCACACUGAGCCAAAAACCAGUUCUCAUUUCCUGUUUCUUGUCUUUGUUUAGGUCGAGGAAGGAUGACGAUCCUUGCGUCAAAUUUAGUGUACAUUAGAGGAAACACUUUAGAGUCUAUAAGGAUUAUGGUCUUGUCUCUUGGUAAGGGUUGUAGAACAACCUACGAGGUUUUGAUUGAGAGUGGCCUAUGUCUGUUAUUUGAAUGUGAUCAUCAGUCAUCAGGGAACAUAUCAGAUAUUGUAGUUGACAAAACAAUCUAACCUCAAGGUCCAUUUAGAAGCAGCUUUAUAGCUUUGGAUCAUACAAAAUUAUUGUCAUCAGCAAAUGAAGUCUGCCAGUUGUCAUGGAAAUAAACCACAAGUCCUUAUAGUGCUCGGAAAAAACGAACAUCUACAAUACCAUAACAACCGGGCGAACUGCAUCUGCUGAGGACGAUUGUGUGAUAUGAUUGAGAGUUCCAGGGAGAUUUUGUCAACUGCUGUUUCCAAGUUCAAGAAUAAUCUUUGGCCCUCUAUCUCAAAUAUAAAAUCAGAGGUACAAACUGGGGCAAAGUGAAUGAAUGCUAAUGAUGGAUGCCAGUGAGUGAUACUGUUUGAGCGUGAGAGGUAGAUGUGCCAGUUAUACUUUUAGUCACAAUACCUCGGAAGGACAAUUCCAGUGUUAACUGAGUUUUUCCUCAUUUUCUAACAUCUACCUUACAUUACCUCUACAGCCAGCAUUACACUCAAAAAUAAAUGGAAUUCGGUGUGUUCGCUCAGGUACGAUAGUGACUUUAUUACCAAAAAAGAAGCUUUAUCAUUUGUCAUUUGAACUUGUCAAAAUUUUUCACGCUCAGUUCACCAGUUUUUGUACAGUUCUGUCUUGUUUUUCGGAACUUAGAGACUGUGUAUAAAAGCAUUUACUUGCAGCACCAUAUUCAACAGCAGUUUGGGAAUAUGCUAAAUUCAGUUUAGUUUAAAGUAUAGCAUGACAACUCCAAAUUGAUGCUUUCUUCUUGACUGGGAUCAAGUCAUGAUAUAAGACAGUGUUUCUCUCAUAAUAUUCAUUUUGAAUAAUGAGUAAAAUAACAGACAACUAGAAAAUAUCAUUCAACACGAUUAAAGCUAGAAAACCGGCUAGAGUAUAGCGAUAAAAAACAAUACGGUGAUGCUGGAAUUCAGUAGAAACUGAUCACACUGGAAUUGUCCUUGAAGUAAAAUGCCCACAUUCUCAGUGAUCCCAGUGGGGAUGCAUCCUUGUCUGGAGUCCCAUAAUUCUUUGCCCAGCCUCUGCUCCCAGGCCCUCUAUAAGCUAACUAGCUCACUGCAGAGCCUCUGAUAGACAGAGCGGUCAGGUUUUACCCUUGGUGCCAUACCACUGCCACGUCUCAAGAGCAAGUAUAUAGUGCCAGUAGGCGUUUGCUUGGGCAUCAUCAACAUCAGCCUUUAACCAGUCUGAGCCACAAACCACAUUCUCAUUUCCAAAAUCUGGUGCUGCUAGUUGUCUUUAACAUCUGAGCCACUUUCCUCGGGACACUGGUUGAUCCAUUCCGAUUAUCCAGACUACACAUCUUGUAGUGAAAACGGAGUUCACAAGAUUGCAUCUGGCUUCUCUGGGGCUAAUGAAGUAAUUGAAACAAGGUCCUUUAACAUCAAUUUUAUACUCUAACCUGCACCAGAAUGAUUGAAACACGAUUGAAAAAACUGGUAGAGUCAUACUGGAUAUUUGAAAAUGAAGUGAAUGAAUUUGGAAAUCAAUUUGGUGGUGUUUGCACAGUUAUAAUGACAUAAUUGAGACCAAAACAAAAUUCCAUACCUUGCCAAACUUCUAAAAAGUUUUGCAUAGCCUCAUUCACCAGAGGUCCAGUUCAUCAGUACUUCCUAGUAGUCAACAAUCCUAGGCAGCCUGCUAAGUCAGAUACCAGAUAUGGCCUUGCUGUAGCCCAUAUAUGAAACCCAAUUCUUGGGAGUGGAAAAUAUAGGCGGAAUGUGUCGAUGUGUCAGGAUACCCACUGUCCAAUUUUCCAGCAUAUUUCAAAAUUUGGACCAGUGUUGGGUCAAGCCAUUCCAGCUACAUGAGAUGUGACUGAUUUCUUUCCAUUUUCAUCCACUUCACCCCUGAAGGUCAUCUAUCUAUCUAUCUAUCUGGCGGUGGCAUCACUUCUCUGAUGCAAACAUGUCAAAUUCAUAUACGGCCGUUAUAAUGGAGCAGUUGAUUUACCUUCCAGUUACGUCAACAGAGCUGUUUGCUUAUUCAUUUAGCAAACACUGAUCGUUAACAUGCUCCUGCUAGCGUACUAAUUGGAAAUGUCAAAAACAAGACAGCAUUGUUAGCUGAUCAGAUACAGUAGUUAGUUAUUUAGGUGAUGGUGAAUGCACAACACAAUCCGGUAUGGCCACCAGAUGCUGCAUUAACUAACUAAGCCCUGUUGCUGCAUUCACACAAUCUGCAAUGGAAGUACAAGUUGGAAAACUGUAUUUCCAGUAACUUGUAAAUUUUGUAAAUGCAGCAUAACGAUAUAUUGAAUUUUUCUAAUGUCACUGUGGUGCCACCACAGCUGGCAAUAAAACCGCAGUAGCCCCACCUUGUCUUUCAGCGGCUCUGCCUCACUCACACAACACCUUACCUACAUAGUAUCAGUGAUCAUUCUAUUACUUGAAUAUAGUGCUAUGAACUCUGUUUACAAAAUGCUGUCAACUUUUGGGAGACACAGUGUUGUCUCAUAAGGCUGCUUGGUAUGUUCAGUUCAUCCACCCGAUGUAUCCAUUUAAUAACACACUGAAAUCGUAUAAACAUGGAACCUGCUGUUGCUUUUUUAUACUGUAUAUGCCUUAAUUCAUAUGUUUGGCA